GCCCCUGACGUCAUUUCCGGUGUUUCGGUGCCCGGCUCUGCGCCUGCGCAGUGAGUUGGUGUUCCAGCUGAGCCCCGUGCCAGGUCACCGGCCGGUUUCUGGUGUUACAGGGAGUUGCGUUGCCGUCACCAUGAGCGGGACUUUGGCGAAGAUCGCCGAGAUCGAGGCCGAGAUGGCCCGGACUCAGAAGAAUAAAGCCACAGCACAUCACUUGGGUCUGCUGAAAGCUCGCGUGGCCAAGCUGAGGAGGGAGCUGAUCACACCGAAAGGAGGUGGAGGAGGUGGUCCAGGAGAAGGUUUCGAUGUUGCAAAGACUGGAGAUGCUCGAAUUGGAUUUGUGGGAUUCCCUUCUGUGGGAAAAUCUACACUGUUGAGUAACUUGGCUGGCGUUUACUCUGAAGUGGCAGCCUAUGAAUUCACAACUCUGACCACAGUGCCUGGAGUCGUACGAUACAAAGGAGCCAAAAUUCAGCUUUUGGACUUGCCUGGAAUCAUUGAGGGAGCAAAGGAUGGGAAGGGCAGGGGUCGACAAGUCAUUGCAGUGGCUCGGACAUGCAACCUGAUCCUCAUUGUACUUGAUGUGCUGAAGCCAUUAGGACACAAGAAGAUCAUUGAGAAUGAACUGGAGGGAUUUGGGAUCAGGCUUAAUAAGAAACCGCCAAACAUAGGAUUCAAGAAGAAGGACAAAGGUGGAAUAAAUCUUACAGCCACUUGCGCUCAGUCAGAGUUGGAUAAUGAAACCGUGAAGAGCAUUCUGGCAGAAUAUAAGAUCCACAAUGCUGAUGUUACUCUGAGGAGCGAUGCUACUGCUGAUGACCUUAUUGAUGUAGUGGAAGGCAACAGGGUUUAUAUUCCUUGUAUCUAUGUAUUGAAUAAGAUUGAUCAAAUCUCUCUGGAAGAGCUGGAUGUGAUCUACAAAGUACCACACUGUGUUCCCAUCUCUGCUCACCACCGCUGGAAUUUUGAUGAUCUCCUAGAGAAGAUGUGGGAUUACUUACGGCUGGUUCGAAUUUACACCAAACCCAAGGGACAGCUCCCUGAUUACACGUCUCCUGUUGUACUGCCCGAUUCCCACACCGCCGUAGAAGAUUUCUGCACAAAGAUCCACAAGAACCUUAUCAAAGAAUUCAAGUAUGCAUUGGUUUGGGGAUCAUCCGUAAAACACAAUCCUCAAAAAGUUGGCAAAGAUCAUGUCAUGGAAGAUGAAGACGUCAUACAGAUUGUGAAGAAAUAAUUCCUUUGCGUAUGCUCCAGACCUUAAAUUUCUUGGAUAGUCCUGUGCAAGCUCUGUAAAUAUUUCAUUCUUUAAAGUCCGCAUUUCAUGCUUGCUCAA